GCUUUUUUGGCGUACCAUCUACCGUCCAAUCUUUCAACAUGCUAAGGACUGGCAGGCCAAGUGCUGCCAACUAGGAUGAGAGGGAGCGAUGGAGGGAGCAUCGACGGAGCGUCGAGGAAGCAUCGAGGAAGCGGGUGAAAACAAGCGAUGCUCAAGCUGAACGAAGGCUCGUGUCGCGUGCCUUUGUUGGUUGCCGCUGUUUCGCGAGAGCGAGAGAGGGAAGCGCGUGAGAUCGAUUCGUUCCUAUCUCAGCUUUUCUUCCAAGAGAUAGAGAUCCUCCUAAGUCUUACGCGUUAGUCGCGUAACAGAACGUGGUUCUCCUUGGCGUCUCUUGCCGCCUGUCACUCCCAAUCCUAAUAAUAAUCGCGCCGGCGCGAUUAUUCGAGCAACGACGAUGUAGACAUCCUCGACCGCCGCUUGCGGAGAUGUCGACUUCGGCACGGCCACUCGCGAAUAUCAUCGUCGACGACCGCAAACGUACGGAAUCUUAUCUUUCUUAGGAGAUGUCUUGCAGCGAUGGCGCGCGACCGACCCGUAAGUUCGGCACAAAGUCGCCGAAGAAGCUGUGCGUGACCAAGAGCGAGAACGGCGACAAAACCACGACGACCAUCAGCUGUGUCGGCCACCGUCACAAUCAUCACUAUCAUCACGGGCAUCAUCGCUUCCUAGACGGCUCCUCGCAGCCCUCGGUACACAAGCGCAAUCUCUACAUUGUCUCCUUUCCCCUGAUACUGCUGUUCAAUGUGCUGCGCACUCUGCUGUAUCAAUUGUUUGUGGUGUUCAAGUACCUGUACACCUCUACGUCUCAGCUGAUACAGCGCAGACAGACGUCCAAACAAGCCUGUCAAUUGGAGAUUGUCGUGGGACAAAAGCCAACUGAUGGGCGUUUGAUCAAUGGUAAUCGGAUAGAAGGCGAGGCCAUGUCGCAAGUGCCUAGACGUCCUAUCGGGCCAGGACCCGGGGAUCCAUUGCUAGCUAAGCAAAAGCAUCAUCAUCGCAGAGCGUUUGAAUUUAUUAGCAAAGCACUCAAGAUCGACGAGGAUAAUGAGGGACAAAAGGAAAUGGCGAUAGAAUUGUACAAAAAGGGAAUUGGAGAAUUGGAGAAAGGAAUAGCCGUAGAAUGCACUGGUGGACACGGCGAAGUAUGGGAGCAUGCGCAAAGACUUCACGACAAGAUGUGUACAAAUCUGGCAAUGGCAAAAGAUAGGCUUGAUUUCCUUGUGAGUGUGCGUGAGCUGAGAAAGCUGGGUAUCAACAAUAAUAUCAACAAUCGCGCACCUGGAAAUAAAACGGACGGCGAACAUCCGGGAAAGCAUCUGAGGGCUCGCCGCAACACGCACACUUUUCAAAACGCUCGAACUUCACCCAACAUUAAUCACAAUAAGAACACAAACAAUAUACACACGACAAUUAACGCUGGACAGACUAUGUGUACCCAGAUUCCCAAGUUAAGGCCACGUUCACCAAAAAACUGUUUCGCUCAUACUAUUGAAGCAUCUGGUAGGAAACUAUCGGUCCCUGGUAAACGAAUAAUAGGAACACCCCUAAGUAAGAGCCAGACAUUGCCUCGAAGUAUGGGUAGAUCGAUGCCUAUUCAACCUUGCCACAGAACCAUGCCUAUCAAACCGUCCUCCACACCACCCUCUGUAAAAAGACAACUAUCUGUACCGGGCAACGGUUCACCUAUAAGACGUCCAGGAACACCGACCACUUCGAACAGUAACAGGAGCACGCCAACGAGAAAAGUACCCAUUUUAAAAGGCGUAGAUCCAAAACUCGCGCAAGUGAUUCUCGAUGAGAUCUUGGAAGGAGGAGCACCAGUGCAAUGGGAAGACAUUGCUGGCCAAGAGACCGCAAAGCAGGCUUUACAAGAGAUGGUAAUCCUACCAUCGCUGAGACCUGAGCUAUUUACCGGUUUGCGAACACCCGCGAGAGGAUUAUUAUUGUUCGGGCCACCGGGAAACGGAAAGACAUUGUUGGCGCGCGCCGUUGCAACUCAAUGCAACGCAACAUUUUUUUCGAUCUCUGCAGCUAGUCUCACGUCAAAAUAUGUUGGAGAAGGUGAAAAAUUAGUGAGAGCUCUGUUUGCCAUUGCUCGGGAAUUUCAGCCCUCUGUUAUUUUCAUCGACGAAGUGGAUUCAUUAUUGAGCGAGCGUAAAGAUAACGAGCAUGAAGCUUCGAGGAGGCUAAAAACAGAAUUCUUAGUCGAAUUUGACGGUUUGCCAUGCAAUCCGGAAGAAAGAGUACUCGUUAUGGCUGCUACAAAUAGACCGCAGGAAUUAGAUGAGGCUGCAUUAAGGCGAUUCACAAAACGCGUGUAUGUUACGUUACCUGAUUCGCAAACGAGGAUUGUGUUACUCCGAAGACUCUUGGCCAAACACAAUGAUCCAUUAACGCUCGAAGAGUUGAAUGAGAUGGCAGUUUUGACGGAAGGAUACUCGGGAAGCGAUUUGACUGGACUAGCUAAAGACGCAGCACUUGGGCCUAUUAGAGAAUUGAAUCCAGAUCAGGUGAAAGAAUUGGAUCUUAAUUCCGUUCGUAAUAUCACAAUGCAAGAUUUCCGUGAUUCUCUAAAGAGAAUUCGUAGAUCCGUUUCACCGGCAAGUCUAGCUGCCUAUGAGAAAUGGAACUUUGAAUAUGGAGAUAUUAGAAUUGUCAAUAAAAGUGCAACAUUCGAAGAAAGAUUGCAAUCAACAAUGUUCUACAAACUGAGAAAGGAGGGCGAUGAACGACGUCCAUCUGCGAUAUAUAUUAUGUCAUUAUUACAUGUUAGUUUCUUCCGGAAUAGGUAAAGCCUGAGAGACUAGUCACCCGAGCCCUAACGAGAACACCGGAGAGAACAAAAAAAACUAUCGUCAAUAGUAAUACGCGAAAAAAAAACUUGAGUUACACGUUAACUUGGAAGACACGAAGGAAUCGAAUCGUGUCAUGUAUAGACUACGAUAAUAAUAAUUCACAAAUGUAUGUAUAUUAUAUCACGAUUUGAUUGUCAAUCGAAUCGUUUCAUGCUAUGUUACGAAAACAAGAUACCAAUUAGCGACGUUCGCAUAACAAGUAACAAAUAUGCAUAUGUACGUUUUCAAUUUUCAUACGCGUGUCUUAAUCCCGAGACCAAGAUAUCAAUGACUCGUCCCUUGCUGAGAAAUAUCCCGAUGGAAGUAUGCGUGCGUUUAUCGUUAUUAUUAUCGUUAGACUUAAAUUACAUUUAUUUAUUUAUUUAUUUAUUAUUCUUCGGUCGGCUAGGUCGUCUAUACAAACGGCGAGGAGUUAUUAACAUUAUGAUAUACGACGGAGUACGUUAAUACCGAUAUCUCUUCGGAUCUCCAACUAUACUCAUUUUUAGCGAUGCGAUCAAUCCCUAUAUUUAUUCUGUUUCUUUUCCAAAACCACGGCGGAUAUUUAGUACAAAAAAAAUAACAUAAAAACAAGCACAUCGCGAUUUUUAUUCGUUUCACAUUCAAGAAUGUGAUCCACUUGACAAUGCAAUGCAAUUUGUUGACCAAUUAGAAGAAUUUUACGAAUUAACGAAUGAUUUCUGAAACUUUUACAGCGUUAAAUGGAUCGCAUUCUGAAUAUAAUUUUUGAGAUACUCUAAAAACAUGAUGGAAAUUUAUUAGAAGAGACCCAAUACUAAAAACUAAUUAACGUACAACGUCGCAGCAAUUAAUUGAGCUUGCACUCGUACAAGGGAAUCUCGGUUCACUGAUGUCUUUAGCAAAAAAACACUCGCACGCACGCACGCACGCACACAUACACGCACAUGCGGAUGCACACGCAUACUUUUUCUCUUUCUCCCUUCUAUUAUUCCUCUUUAAAGAGAAUUAUAGCAAAAUUUUAUACAUUAACCACCGACGAUAAAUAUCACACAACGAGAUAAAGUUGUAACUCGUUACUCAACUCUCGCAGAAUUUAUUUGUUAGGGAGCCCCGCACACCUUAGCAUACACGCGUCCAAAAGUCUAGCUACAUCACAGGCGCCGUGUCUAGCUAAUCGCUCUUCUACCUUACUAACUAUGUCCAAUAUUAGCAAUACUCUCCUUAUUUAUAUCAAAUGAACAUUUUGUCGCGCGCGUUGUUCGUCGACAAUCCGAAAUUGAUUGAGGGAGAAGUUAGAGUCGGAGAUAUCAGUGGCAAAAAUAUUAAAAAGGUAUUAACAACGCAAAAUUGCCGCAUACGUACGUCACUUGCGCAGCACAACGGAUGCGGGGCUCGGUUGAGUGUCGGGGAGGGGCCGCGAGGAAAAGUUUGGAGAUAUACCUGGUUCAACGCCUGGUCGUAUAUGUAUGUAUAUUCGAAGCCAAAACCGUGAUCGACCAAAUUCUAGCACUAGGACGCGCAGCGGUACUAUGGUGCCAUUAUACAAGCAUCAUCGCAAAGCAUCGUCAUUACGUGAGACUUGGUGUGC